GGCCGCCGCGCAUGCGCAGACCUGCAGCCCGAGGAUGUGGGGUAGGGAGGUUUGACAUGCAACUCCAGCUAAGCCAUCAUGAAGUGGCUUUAUUCGACCGUGACUCCAAAAUUCAGAUGCUCUUUCACGGUCUCGGCAGCCCCGAUCCCGAACCAGGUGAAGCCGCUCCCCUACCCCGGUGUCGUCUGGAAUCGAACGCUGUCAGGCCGUAAGCCUCGAAAGACCCUCGAAGAAUGCUACAGCGUGCUUAACCUCGACGAAGGCUGUUCGGCAGACGAGGUAAGAGAAUCGUUCAGAAAACUGGCCAAGCAGUUCCACCCCGACAGCGGCUCCAGUACCGCGGACUCCGCCAAAUUCGUACAGAUCGACGAAGCCUACAGAAUAGCGCUCUCCCACGUGAUGGAGAAAUCCAGGCGGAGGUCGCGUAAGGUCGAGGACGAGGAGGACGAAGAGAAGUCCAAAUACAAAACUCCCCAGCACCGACAUUAUUUAAGUUACGAAGGUCUGGGAUUCGGGUCCCCGAGUCAGAGAGAGAAACAGUACAGGCAGUUGAGGGCCGAUCGGGCCACGGAGCAGGUGAUGGAGUACCAGAAGCAGAAACUGGAGCGGCAAUAUUUUGCCCACAGCUUGACGGCGAAGGACGUAAGGCAGAGUAAAAACCAGAAGAUGACCCAAGCAAUUGAGCGUUUGGUAGAGGAUCUCAUCCAGGAAUCGAUGGCCAAAGGAGACUUCGACAACCUCAGCGGAAAGGGAAAGCCUCUGAAGAAGUUUUCUGGCUGUUCGUACAUCGACCCCAUGACCCACAACCUCAACAGGAUCCUGAUUGAUAACGGUUACCAGCCGGAGUGGAUCCUAAUGCAGAAGGAAAUCAAAGACACCAUCGAGCAGCUCCGAGAAGAAAUCCUGGUGUCGAGGAACAAACUGGGAAAUCCAAUGACUCCGAGGGAACAGACGCAGUGGGGUCUGGUGUGCGAGCGGUUUCAAGAAAAUAUCGGAAAGCUGAACAAGCGAAUAAAUGAUUUUAAUUUGAUCGUGCCCCUUCUGACCCGGCAAAAGGUGCACUUUGAUGCAAAGAAGGAAAUAUCACGAGCUCUAAAGACUUAUGAGACCCUGAUGGAAACCAGGAAGGAGGCGGAGAACUGCCCCAAAACAAAUGAGAAGGGAAAUGCUGAAGCGGUCGGAUUCAAGGCCGCUUUUUUUAAAUGGAUAAAUUUGUGGAAAUAAGCUAAAGUGCGGGUACCAAAAAAUUGGGUUUGCAAGUGAUCCAAAAGUAAUUUCCGGCAUGGUGUUAUUCAAUCUGAGGCCUAGAAACCAUUUCUUGUGUAAACAUUUGUAAAGAUGGGAGCUUUCUGGCCUCCUUUUUGCACGAAUGGCUAUUGUGGCUCCCUUUUUCUCUGUCAAGAUUUCUUAGAUUCAUAAGGACAGUCCCAUGACUUAUUUUUUUUUUUGUUAAACGAAAACAUGUUUUUUUAAACAUGUUGUUCAUCUCACGAAGCGGACCAGGAAUGCUAUUACAUUGGCCUGCCUUUUAGAGUUUGCUGGCUAGGAGCGUGAAGUUCAGAUCUGGGCCAACGGGAAUUGCUUUGUUUCUCUGUUUUAAAACGACUUCACCCAGCCCGAUAAUGGAGUCCAACUAUGAAAGUUUCUUGAAUGUUUGCCAGCUCCAGCUAGUAAAACUCCCUUCUGAAUUCUCAUCCUUGACAGAGCUGGAACAUAAAUGCGAGCUUCCCCUCUGGAUCAAUUAAAGGGAGUUGAUUAGAUAUGGCAAGAUUAAAAUGCAACUCUCCCACCCGCCUCUGCAUCCUUCUGAAUUAAAAGGUGGAAGUAUUCUUUCUCUCGGCUUAUUUAAUGAGAUGGGUUUUGGCCUCUCUUAGGGCCUGUUUAUAAAAGCAAUAUCACACCCAGCCGUGUCCCGGCAGGUGUGGAAUGGAGUUUGGCGAUAAGAAAUGCUAUGUGGCAUUAAUUUCAGAGCACCUAAAAUUGGAAUUGAGGUAGUGAACCAGUCCCUCAGAGGCAGCGGUUAGGAAAUAAACUGAGACCUUGGUUUUCAAAUUUGGAAAACAGGGCUUGACAUUCAUUGAGAAACAAAAGAGCCAGUAAAAUCCGUGGUUUCAACCUAUGUGAUAAUGCACUUUAUGUAAAUGUCCCCAUUACAAAUAAAGUUAUUGCAGUGAUU